UAGGCACUUCAUUUAUUUUCGUCCAGGAUUUCAGCUCCACCAACAUGGAAAGCUGAUCACAAUUUCAUCACGUCGUUGUCUGACCAUACAAUAGAACAACUGGUUUCCUUCACAAUCUCUCGCGCUUAGACUCCGAGAGAAAACUGGAAAAAGUUUUCUCGGUCGCCAAACACUCAGCUGAGAGGGAACAAGAAGGAUAUAUAUAUAUAUAUAUAUAUAUGUAUAUAUAUAUUGAUGAGAAUCAAGCAAGUAUAAGCCAGUGGAAUUUCUAUAGCCUUUGAUUUUAAGUCUCUAGGAAUCAUGUCUUCAUCAUCAUGGAUCACAUCCGUUUCCUGUUCAUCAUCUGCAAUUUCUCUUUCCCAUGAUGACUCAUCUCUCUCAGCUGUAUUCCAAUGGCUGAGAUUCAUUUUUCUCUCUCCUUGUCCUCAGAGAGCUUUGUUGUCUUCAAUAAACCUCCUUUUCUUGUUUACCCUCCUGGUCUUUGCAAUCCAAAAGCUCUUAUCUAGGUUCUUCUCCAAUGACCAGCCCAAUUCCAACCUCAACAAGCCUUUAAUCACGACCAACAACAGGACUCAUCUCAGAACAACUCUGUGGUUUAAGCUCUCAAUUAUCGUCACUGGUCUAUUGUCACUUUGUUAUCUUGUUGUAUCCAUUUUUGCAUUCACUAAAACCACAGAAUCCACAUGGAAGAUUGUAGAUGGCCUUUUCUGGUUGGUUCAAGCCGUAACUCACAUAGUGAUUGCAAUCUUGAUCGCGCAUGAGAAGAGAUUCCAGGCCUUUAAGCACCCGCUAUCGCUUCGAAUUUACUGGAUUGUGAACUUCAUAGUCAUUUCCUUGUUUACUACAUCUGGUAUUAUUCGUUUAGUCUCAAGCCAGGAUCCAAAUUUGAGACUAGAUGAUAUAGUUUCAUUAGUGUCUUUUCCUUUGUCAAUUGUUCUUCUUGUUAUUGCCAUUAGAGGCUCAACUGGGAUUACUUUGGUUAAUGAAUCAGAACCUGGGAUGGACUUAGAACCUGAGUUAUACGAACCCCUUUCGAGCAAAGCCAAGGUGAGUGGCUUUGCUUCAGCUUCCAUAAUUUCCAAGGCCUUUUGGCUUUGGAUGAACCCUCUUCUUAGCAAAGGCUACAAAGAGCCACUGAAAAUCGACGAAGUCCCGUAUCUUUCUCCGCAACAUGUAGCUGAGAGAAUGUCAAAGCUCUUUGAAUCAAAAUGGCCUAAACCAGAUGAAAAAUCAAACCACCCGGUUAGGACGACACUUCUCAGAUGCUUCUGGAGGGAGAUUGCUUUUACAGCUUUCCUUGCAAUAAUCCGUCUCUGUGUCAUGUACGUUGGUCCUGUUCUUAUCCAAAGUUUCGUGGAUUUUACCUCAGGAAAAAGAAAUUCCCCUUAUGAAGGAUACUAUCUAGUACUGACUCUUCUUGUUGCUAAGUUUGUUGAAGUCUUAACAACUCACCAGUUCAACUUCAACUCUCAAAAGCUAGGAAUGCUUAUCCGUUCCACUCUCAUCACUUCCUUGUACAAAAAGGGUCUUAGAUUGACGUGCUCAGCUCGGCAGGCUCACGGGGUAGGACAAAUUGUGAAUUACAUGGCGGUCGAUGCACAACAGCUCUCCGAUAUGAUGCUUCAAUUGCACUCAAUAUGGCUGACGCCAUUGCAAGUCACAGCGGCCUUGUUGCUUCUGUCCAACUACCUUGGUGCUUCUGUGGUCACUGCAGUUCUUGGAAUUAUAGCAGUUAUGAUUUUCGUUGUUUUGGGAGUGAAAAGAAACAACAGGUUUCAGUUUAAUGUAAUGAAAAACCGAGACUUGAGGAUGAAGGCGACGAAUGAGAUGCUGAACUACAUGAGGGUGAUCAAGUUCCAGGCUUGGGAGAAUCACUUCAACAAGAGGAUUCAAAGUUUCCGUCAGUCAGAGUUCGGGUGGCUGACCAAGUUCAUGUACUCACUUUCGGCCAACAUUGCUGUCAUGUGGAGCACUCCCUUGAUGGUAUCGACUCUCACGUUUGCCACAGCAAUUAUGUUGGGAGUUCCUCUUGAUGCCGGGACGGUGUUCACAACCACAACAAUUUUCAAAAUCUUGCAAGAGCCAAUCAGGACUUUUCCGCAGUCUAUGAUUUCGCUUUCGCAAGCUAUGAUUUCGCUCGGGAGAUUGGAUCGUUACAUGCUUAGUAGGGAACUUGUUGGUGAUAAUGUGGAGAGAGUGGAGGGUUGUGAUGGUAGAACUGCUGUGGAGGUUAAAGAUGGUAAGUUUAGUUGGGAUGAUGAGAAUGGUGAAGAGAUUUUGAAGAAUAUAAACUUUAAUAUCAACAAAGGGGAAUUGACAGCUAUAGUUGGGACAGUGGGAUCUGGGAAGUCUUCACUCCUAGCUGCAAUUCUUGGUGAGAUGCGUAAAAUAUCAGGAAAGGUGCGAGUUUGUGGGACAACUGCAUAUGUAGCUCAAACAUCAUGGAUUCAGAAUGGAACCAUUGAAGAAAACAUCCUAUUUAGUUUGCCAAUGGACAGAAGGAAAUACAAUGAAGUUAUUAGGGUUUGUUGCUUGGAGAAAGACUUGGAAAUGAUGGAGUUUGGAGAUCAAACUGAGAUUGGAGAGCGUGGAAUCAACUUAAGUGGUGGCCAAAAGCAGCGGAUACAGCUUGCCAGGGCUGUAUAUCAAGACUGUGAUGUCUAUCUUCUUGAUGAUGUUUUCAGUGCCGUUGAUGCUCAUACUGGCUCAGAAAUUUUCAAGGAAUGUGUCAGGGGAGUGCUCAAGAACAAGACUGUCAUUCUAGUAACUCAUCAAGUUGACUUCUUACACAAUAUUGAUCUUAUCUUGGUCAUGAGAGAUGGGAUGAUAGUACAAUCAGGAAAGUACAAUGAACUGCUAGAUUCAGGCAUGGAUUUCGGAGCACUAGUAGCAGCUCAUGAAUCCUCUAUGGAGCUCGUAGAAGCUGGCGCCACCAUAAGCAACGAGAGUUCCACGAAACCACUAAAAUCCCCUCGAUCCCCUUCAACCCAUGGGGAGGCCAACGGCGAGAGCAACACUUCUGACCAGCCAAAAUCGGAUAAUGGCAACUCCAAGUUAAUCAAGGAGGAGGAGAGAGAAACUGGGAAAGUGAGCCUCCACAUCUACAAAGUUUAUUGCACCGAAGCUUAUGGAUGGUCGGGUGUGGCUGUAGUGUUGCUGCUGUCUCUUGUAUGGCAAGCAUCUUUAAUGGCUGGUGAUUACUGGUUAGCCUAUGAAACUGCAGCGGAACGUGCCGUGUCGUUUGAUCCUUCCCGUUUUAUUUCUGUAUACGGCAUAAUAGCUGCCAUUUCGAUUGUGUUGGUAACUAUGAGAUCCUUUUCUAGUACCUUUUUGGGGCUUAAGACUGCACAGAUUUUCUUCUCGCAAAUUCUCCACAGCAUCUUGCAUGCCCCCAUGUCAUUUUUCGACACCACACCCUCGGGAAGAAUUCUCAGUCGGGCAUCGACUGAUCAGACCAAUAUUGAUGUCUUUCUUCCCUUCUUUAUGAGUGUUACCAUUGCCAUGUACAUAACACUGCUCAGCAUCUUCAUCAUUACAUGCCAAUACGCCUGGCCAACAAUAUUCUUGUUGGUUCCACUUGUUUUCCUGAAUGUCUGGUAUCGGGGAUACUACCUUGCAACAUCUCGUGAGUUGACUCGCCUUGACUCAAUCACGAAGGCUCCUGUAAUCCACCACUUCUCAGAGAGUAUCUCCGGGGUCAUGACAAUACGCUCUUUCCAGAAACAGGACCGUUUCUGCCAGGAAAAUAUCAGAAGGGUGAACGAGAACUUGCGCAUGGAUUUCCAUAACAACGGAUCAAACGAGUGGUUGGGUUUCCGUUUGGAACUUCUGGGAAGCUUCAUUCUGUGCAUGUCUACCCUGUUUAUGGUCUUGCUACCAAGCAGUAUUAUAAAGCCAGAGAAUGUUGGUUUAUCUCUUUCUUACGGAUUGUCCCUUAAUGGUGUGAUGUUCUGGGCUGUCUACAUGAGUUGCUUUGUGGAGAACAGAAUGGUUUCUGUUGAAAGGGUAAAGCAGUUCACAAAGAUUCCAUCAGAAGCAGAAUGGGAAAUCAAAGACCGUCUUCCUCCUCCAAACUGGCCCACCCAGGGCAACGUUGACCUCAAAGAUUUGCAGGUGAGGUAUCGGCCGAACACUCCAUUGGUUCUGAAAGGACUCACUUUGAGCAUCCAUGGUGGAGAGAAGAUCGGCGUCGUUGGACGAACGGGAAGUGGGAAGUCGACUUUGAUACAAGUGCUCUUCAGGCUUGUGGAGCCCUCGGGAGGCAAAAUAAUCAUCGACGGCAUCGACAUUUCCAUACUUGGCCUUCAUGAUCUCAGGUCUCGAUUUGGGAUCAUCCCUCAAGAGCCUGUCCUUUUCGAAGGAACUGUAAGAAGCAACAUCGACCCUGUUGGAGCUUACUCAGAUGAAGAUAUAUGGAAGAGUCUCGACCGGUGCCAGCUCAAGGAUGUGGUAGCUUCAAAAUCAGAGAAACUCGAUGCUAAAGUGGCUGACGACGGAGACAACUGGAGCGUGGGACAAAGGCAGCUCCUGUGUCUAGGACGAGUGAUGCUAAAGCGCAGCCGGCUAUUGUUCAUGGACGAAGCCACUGCCUCGGUCGACUCACAAACUGACGCCGUAAUUCAAAAGAUCAUCCGGGAAGAUUUCGCUUCUUGCACCAUCAUCAGCAUUGCUCACAGAAUUCCCACGGUCAUGGACUGCGACAGAGUGUUAGUGGUAGAUGCAGGACGCGCUAAAGAGUUUGACAAACCGUCGCGCUUGAUUGAAAGGCCGUCGUUCUUUGGAGCAUUGGUUCAAGAAUACGCCAAUAGAUCGUCUGGACUAUAAUUAAUAAUCCAAUCCAACAAUUUCUCUGUUUGGUGCUAAUAUCUUGGCAAGUCUCUUGAAGUGCAAGUUCUUGUGUUUCUCGUGCCACUACAACAAAUGAUCGCAGGGGCGGAGAAAAAAGCGUUGCGGUUUCUGCUGUGAAAGAAUGGAAACAACCUUUUUGUCCUAUGAACUGUUGAACUUGGUAUUAACACGUUAAUAACAAAUGUACUUCCCAAUAUUCUACCCAAAAAAAAA